GCGUUUGCAUUGACCCUUGAAUGCUGAAUAGUGAGGAGGUAGAUCGUAAACGUGCGAGGGUUGAAGCAGGAGCCUCUGCGACAAACCCUACUGCCACUCUUCCUGGUCGCUAUCAAGAGGCUAUAGUCUGCCCUCAGAUGAGCGUCAAAAAAGUUAUGCAACAUCUCGCUGAGAUCCAAGCCCAAAGUCGCUGUGUUGUUCAUGUGGUCAACGGCACCAAUCAGGACCCCUCCGCAGUGGUGCUCAAGCUUGCUACUAAUACCCAAGCUUGCCUCGACGAUUGUCGCAAUAGGAUUCACGAGUAUAUCUCUGCUGUUCUAUCCACAUAUAAGGGGGAGUUACCAGAAGGCUAUGAACGCAGGACUCUGACUAUUCCCGAAUCGAGCGUGGGGUCAGUAGUCGGCCCUAGGGGUGCGGUCAUUCGCGCAAUACAACGCGACUCGGGUGCUAAGCUUGAUAUAGCUCCUCGUCUGGAGAGAACCACUGGCGGCGACCAGGAGCUCGCUUUGGUCGGGGGCAGGGACCAGGUGGCUGCUGCUGUGUGGAUGGUUCAUGACGUUAUGGAGGGACACUACAACGUGGAUGCGGCGUUGUUGCAGCAAGAGCAAGAUAGGAGGGCGAAAAGUAUCAGCAUGGGUGGCCAGGGAAGGGGGGUGUAUGCGGGAAGACACGGUGAUCCUAAUAUACAAGAAAAGCGAGUUAUAUAUGUGCCGGUGGAACAUGUAGGAAGUUUGGUAGGGCCGAAAGGUGCGGUGUUGAGAGCCUUGCAGUUGGACAGCGGAGCGAAGGUGGAUAUGGAACCCGCUCCAACUGCUGGUAGCGACAGUACGAGAGAUCCUCGAGCGUUGACGAUUUCGGGGAUGAGCCCACAGGUUGCGAGCGGAUAUGAAAUGGCGAUGUCAGUGUUGGAAGGCACGUAUGACAUUGGUAGAGCAGUGGAGAGAGCUGGAGG